UUGUUAUAGUGAUCUCUAUAACAAUCUGUAUAGUUCAUAGACUGAAGCAGACAGAUAGCAACUAUAAUAGUGUUGAUAUGUACCAUAAAGUUACGCCUACAUUAAACAUCCAAUCAAAAUACACAUUUGAUCCUACUUGUGUUCCUCCUGGAGUUCAGUACACAAUAGAGAAAAACCUGAAGAAAUCUCAACAACCAAUGGUAGAUAGAGAAGAUAUUCACUACAGAACCAUGCCAGGUGAAAGAUGGGAUAACCCAACAUUAAGACAUCAUCAACAGAUGUUUAUUCCAAGAGAAGAAAGUAUGUCUCCUGGUUACAGAGAGCUAAACAGUACCGACGAAAUCAGUGAAAUGUCAACGUUGUCCUCUCACACUGACAGUGGUCAUGGCUGGAGUGUCGGUAGUGCUGGACAUUAUGAGGUACUGCCAGAUCUGUGUCGUUACCAAAUUGAACAUAAAUGGAAUAGGAGAAAACAACUUUCACAUUCACUGGAUAGAUCGAGGGGAGAUAAUAACAAUGGAUGCCAUGGAUAUACUUACCAUCCAAACGUUGAUACUAACACAGUCUGUCAUCCUGACCAAAUACCUUUGAAUAUAACUGGUACCACAUCUCAUAUAACUGAACAACCAUCUACAAUGCCAAUGACAAGUCUCUUUACUUCAAAUAAUAAACCACCUCUACCAGCUGUACCUAAAGUAACAACACUACCAAAGGUACCUUCAAUAGUUCAGGUACCUAUUCUAUCUACACCAAACAACACCACACCAUUACAUUAACAUUAAAAUAUUAUUGUCAUCAAUAAGGUAUUACUUAAACCCUAAAGAAACGGUUACUACCAUUAUUUUGAAGUAUUGAAUGAUAUUCCUGAAAAUUUAUCUUCGACAGAAAACAAGAGCCGUAUAUUUUAGAAUUUGUAAACACAGGUGUGUGUGUGUGUGUGUGUAUGUAUAUACACACACACACACACACACUCUCGUGUUUUACGAAUUCUGGAAUGUGUGUGAGAUAUAAGCCCGUUCAGUAAUAUAAUUCCUGAUUUCUAUUACUGAUUGCUUUGUAUAACAGUUUUUAACAGUUACCUCCCUUGAAUAUUGCUUCCAUUAAAAAAAAAAUAUAUAUAUAUUAACGACGAAACUUUCUGAACAAU